GAGUGGAGCUCAGCAGAGAGCAGGCACUGCUUCCUGGAUGGAAACAAAACGCAAGAGCAGACACACACACACACACACACACACACACACACACACACACACACACACACACACACACACACACACACACACGCAGGCCAACUAGGAGCGAGCAGGACGCUCAAACAUGUUAUUAGUUUUUCAUUAAGCAUUAAUCGGGAGGCGGUAACCGGUCGACAGUAGAAUUCGGCCGUGACAGCAGAAGGUUAACAGCGGACUCUAUCAACACAUGUGCCCGUGCCACAGUGAGAGCACUGCGGCUGUGGAUCUGGACUCGGGCAGCUCCUACACCCAGCGGUCCUACAGGCGAGGAACAUGGAGGCCGUAGCUCCUCUACGUCCCAAGCAGAAGGGCUAGGAGUAGCCUGAUUCCCCCCUCCCCUGCCCGCUUUGCUCCACCAUGGCCAGCAGGAGUCCCACGCUGAGCCGGGAAGGCAGGGGUUCAACACCGGGGAUCCCCGAGGCCGGUUCUAAAAAUUCCCAGCCUGGGCCCGAGGCCUUCUGCAAGUUGUGCCUAAGCGAGCAUCCGUCGGCAGCCACCAGGGAGCUGCAGGGCUGUGACUGUGUCUUCUGCACAGCGUGUUUGGAGCAGUAUGUUCAGCUGGCCAUCAUGGAGGGUGGGGGGGCAUGCAUCACCUGCCCAGAUAUGGCCUGCCUAAAGACCGGAGUGCUACUGGACUCUGAGAUAGCUAGCUUGGCCCCAGAAGACCAGGUGGAGCUGUACCAGCGUCUGAAGUUCGAGCGAGGAGUGAAGUUGGACCCCAGUAAAGCCUGGUGCCCGGUGCUUGAAUGCCAGGCGGUGUGCAGUGUGCAGCUGAGCACUGAGGGAAAGCCCGACACCGUGCCCUGCCCGACCUGUCACAUCGUCUUCUGCUCCGGGUGCAGAGGGCCCUGGCAGGGAGGCCAUACCUGCCCGGAGCACCAGCCCAUGAUGUUGCCCUCGCCCUCUCGUGAAAGCAGGGCCCGCUCCAACAGCGACUCUGACAUGCCCAUCAAGCAAUGCCCUAUGUGUGGUAUCUACAUCGAGAGGAACCAGGGCUGUGCACAGAUGCUGUGCAAGAGCUGCAAACACACCUUCUGCUGGUACUGUCUGCAGAACCUGGAUGGGGAUAUCUUCCUGAGGCAUUAUGAUAAGGGGCCAUGCAGAAACAAGCUGGGACACUCCAGGGCCUCGGUUAUGUGGAACAGAACGCAGGUGGUGGGGAUCCUGGUGGGGGUCAGCAUCAUCGUGCUGGUGACAUCUCCGCUCCUCCUGCUGGCCUCGCCCUGCAUCCUCUGCUGUGUCUGCAAGCCCUGCAGCGGGAAGAAGAAGAAGAAGACGACCAAAAUGACGAAGAAGGACCUCAGCCAGCCAGACUCCUCCACGUCAUAGCAGCUCUCCCGGUCCAAACCAGGAUCAAACCAGGAUCUAAGGAAGCCCAAGGAAACCAAGAGAGAGCCAGGGCUGCAUGGUGGAUAAGAAUAACGUUGGAGUACUUUAACAUGACUGGACAGACUGGAGGCCUUCGUCAGUGGUUCAGUAAUACCGUCAAUGUCAACAUCUUCAGACUUGCACUUCGAGGCUCGGCGCGAGAGCUGCUCAAAAAACUGAAUUACAAGAGUAUGUACUUUAUACGGUGGAAGUGUAAAUAUGAGGAGAAUGAAUGUAACUCACCUAGUUGUUUUCCGAUGGACAAGCAGUAAGGAGACAACGACGGCUGUGAGAAGAUUCCUGGACAGGGCUUCUGUUAUCUCUCUGUCUUUCUCUAACACAUAACACGGACACACACACACACACACACACACACACACACACACACACACACACACACACACACACACACACACACACACACACACACACACACACACACAAUUCAAAGUGCAACGCCACCCUCAUGUGCCAAACGUCAUGAUGCCAAACCAGAGGUGUUAGGUGCUCAAGUGCCUCACUCUACAGUGCCUGGUUGUAUUUGAUUUGCCUUCCAUUCUAUCUUUAUCUUAUGCAAAAAUGUUAGCAUUUUGAAAAUGGACAUCUGUCGGGAUCACACAGGGUUAUGAAUGCAACACAUUGUUUGAUAACGGGAGACGGCGAAUGGUGUCAUGUGUGCACUGUAUAUUCUGUACUGAUAUGAAAUAUGAUAGGGCUCCAAUGGUGCACAGAGAACUUUUCUUCUGCUAAUGUUUGUUGUUUCCACCUGGCAUAUGUUCCAGACCAAAGGCUUCUAAAGGGUAAUAUGUACUUUUCUAAAGUGUGUAAAUGUGUAUUUAUGGGUUACGUGUGUAUGGUAUUCCGUUUUCAUUUCUACAUUUCUGUUGAUGUUUCUGCAUCAGAUAUUUUAUAAAAGCGCCAUUGUAAUUGAAAU